AUGUGGGUAGAAGCUAUGUUAAUAGCUUCAUGUUUCGGUGCUGGCGUAAUCUUGCAGUCAGCACUUCAAUUAUUUUCAACCGGCGCCGCCUCUUAUUCAUUGGAGACAAAUUAUUUAGAUUGGAAAACGCCCUUCCCAGCGGUAACGGUUUGCGAACAAAGUGACAAUGGUCGAGUUAAGACUUACCUGAAUCAGUUUCAUCCAGUUGAAACGGAAUAUGGCGUGUGUUAUGUAUUCAACUCAGCGUUACAUGGUAACACCAGCAUUUUGACGGUGAAUAGAAAAGUUGGUCUUCCUGUUUUGACGUUCACAGCUAUAGAACUGGUCACUAUACGAGUUCAUUCACCUGAUGAUAUCGUUUCCGUCGCCUUGGAAAAUAUACUCGGGCGGUUUGGCUCCUUACCUUUGAUUACUGAAUUUGAAGCAAUUUUGAAGGCAGAACAAACAGUGAACGAUGUAUCCGUAUCAUCAUUGUCGAAAACUAUGAGAGGCUGUCUGUUCAAAAAUGAUCGCCCAUCAUUUCCCGAUUGGCCGUUUAAGCACUAUACGUACAGUGCCUGCUUAUUGUACUGCAGAGCUUUAGCUCAGAAAACAUUUUGUAACUGCUCUCACCACUUUAUGGCUAACAUUGGUAAGAAUAUUAAGACAAGGCUGGUAUGUGUGUUUGGU